AUGGACAAAGCAAAGAAGGAACUAACAGCAAUUGACAAUAAGCCGAGUAUAUCAGAGGUGGAAUACAUAGGAUUGCAUGAGGAACGAAAAGAUGAAAGUGCAUUCGAUAAGUUUUUAGAUGUGGAUACCUCAUUUGACCUUGUAUACAAGGAGAAAGUUAUAUCAGUGUGGGAUGUAUUUAUGGUGACGUUACGGUACGUAAUAGUUAUUCUGGCGUUGUAUGGAGCAAUAAGACACCGUUACGGUUACUACGUUCCGUUUAUGUUCUACAGUAUUGUGGUUAUCAUUCAUUAUGUGAUGGUUUUGGUUAGUCAUUAUUGCUUUCAUUAACC